AUGAGAGUCCUCGACCUGGAGGAUGAUCUGUGGACUGCCACUGAGUCAUCGGAUAGGGAGGUGCCCACUGCCAACCCCCACCACAGGCCCCUGUUCGGACCUGGUUUCCAGAAUAAUAAUUUCCAGUUUGAAAUAGUUAUUACAAACCGGUCUGCAGGCCUGGUGACGACACCUACUUGUUGCUCCGUGAAGUUUUCCCGGGGAAUGAAGCCUCAGUGCCCACCUUUCACCCGUCAAACCCAGCCAGGUGGCACCAGGAAGUGGAGAAGGUUGGAAGGCAGACAGACAGAUGGACAGAAAGAGGAAUGA